AUGCUUUUUGUGAAUGCCCACCUCGCAGCACAUGCCAACAAGAUGAAGGAGCGUACGCAGAACCUGCAACGCAUCCUGACAGACUCGCCGCUGAGAAAGCGGAAGGAUUCGAGCGGCGUCCACGAGGAAUACGACCGCGUGUUCGUGAUGGACUGCUGA